ACUCUCGCCUCUCAGGCAGCCCAGUCCAGCAUGGUCAGACAUCUGGUCCUGCUGUUGCUGGCCCUGGGGGUGCUGGCCGGGGAGCUGUUGCCGAGGACCGAGGCCCGGGCAACACCCUACGGAGUGAAACUUUGCGGCCGUGAAUUCAUCCGAGCGGUCAUCUUCACCUGUGGGGGCUCCCGGUGGAGACGUGCCCGCGACGCUGUGGAAGAUGCCUUCCCAGAGGUGGACACUGACUCAGAGAGUGAGCUGGAUGAGGCAGUGGCCUCCAGCGAGUGGCUGGCCCUGACCAAGUCCCCUCAGGCCUUCUACGGGGCCGGACAGGGCUGGCAGGGAACCCCAGGGUCUCUGCGGGGCAGACGUGACGUCCUGACUGGCCUAUCAAGCAACUGCUGCAAGCGGGGGUGCAGCAAGAGCGAAAUUGGCAGACUCUGCUAG